AUGGAGUUUUAUUAUGGUUCUGACGAUCAUGAGGCGAUGGACGAGGAUGUGAUUUUGGGGGAGGAUGUGAGUGUCGAUUUGAGUCAAGUCCGACACGUGACAGUCUUUUGCGAUGAAUGCGGUGCCAAUCCCAUUGUGGGCAUUCGUUACAAGUCUACGAGGCAAAACAACUAUGACAUUUGCCAAGAAUGUUUGGACGAGAAUCACAAUGGGAAUCGACAAGGGUUUGUGGCGAUUGAAGAAGAAGUGGAUGAUGAAGAUGAAGCAGUUCGUUUGGCUGGAUUGGAUGGGACAGCUCUGGAGCGCAACAGUUUGGUCUGUUCCGGGAUUGAUCAAUUGGUGGAAUCUCCAUUACUACAGAACCCAAACUCGCAGAUUGAUGACAUUACUCUCAUCCUCGAAGGUCGCCAUUAUAGACACCAACAAGCAGAACCUGAUUCCACAGUGAGAGACACCACCAUUCGGUUACUCUCACAGCACCGAACCCUCAAAGAAAUGGAAAUUCAAAUUGUGAGUUAUCCGCAGAGUCUCACACACAGCAUCGUCGCAGUUACCAGAGGUCUCGCCAACAAUACAUCUGUCAAGUCUAUGGCCUGGACCAUCGAAUGCAGCGGUAGGGACAUGACAGAGGAAGCUUGUCAAGCCAUCCAACACCUCAUGACGCACAAUACCACCAUUCAAUUCAUGUUCUUUUUUCAAGACACGGGAUGGCCAGGACGACUUGCCACUGCCUUUUUACGACUCCAAAGCUGUGUUUUUGGCGCUCUCUUGAACACACACAUUGAUACAGUGCGCUUCCAAGGAUUUCUUGCCGUCAACCGUGACAACCAGAAAAAGGCAUGGGCGGCCAUGAAGGAAAAUCCCAGACUCAAACGAAUCAAAACCACUUUUGAACAAGAAGAUUACAUGUUGGAGCUUCUGAGGCGUGACAAAAAGUACCAAUGGAUGACACAAUGGUUGCAAGCGGACGAACAUCAGUGCUGGGCCAUCCUGGAAGGUGCUGCUUCCAUGGGUAGUGGAAUAGAUCCAGUCUUUGUCAUUUACCACCUAUUGCGGAGUCGGCCACAAGUUAUAAUGUAGUACCGGUAUGACUAU